CAUGUUCGUCAUCAUUGCGUUGCCUUUGGAUGAAGUGGAAUUAUAAAAUGGAUAUUAUUAACGUAAAAUGAGUAUCAUUCACCAUUUAUGAAUAAUAUAUUUGUGCAAACGGAUUAUAAUAAAUGCCAUUUUGGUAUCUUUUCAAGUUUUCAUGGAACCAGCCAAUGGUAGGGGAUGUACGUACGCGUACGUGUUGCCCAAAAAGAUUCCAGAAGAUCGCACCAACCACGCAAAGAGGGAGAGAGAACACAACUCGUUGUUGACCCAACACACAACAAUACGAGACAAUGAUAGCAGCCCGACGACUAGCACAGCUCGGCAUGAGCAAACGUGCCUACCAUGGCACGUCCGCUCUGAUGAGUACUGGUAGGGUGACUCAAGUGAUUGGAGCCGUUGUCGAUGUUCAAUUCGAGGAGAAACUUCCCAAGAUUCUCAACGCCUUGGAGGUGGAAGUCCCCGAGGGCAAUGAGCGUUUGGUAUUGGAAGUCGCCCAGCAUCUUGGAGAGAACACGGUCCGUACCAUUGCCAUGGAGUCUACUGAAGGUCUUGUUCGUGGACAGAAAUGCGAAGACACGGGAGCUCCCAUUCAAGUCCCCGUCGGACCCGAAACCUUGGGACGCAUCAUCAACGUGAUUGGAGAACCCGUCGAUGAAAAGGGACCCAUCUUUACCGACAAAGCCUCCGAAAAGUAUGCUCCUCUUCACAGAUCUGCUCCUACCUUUAGCGAACAGGGACGUACUCAGGAUAUUCUCGUCACUGGAAUCAAGGUCGUCGACCUUCUCGCCCCCUACGCCAAGGGAGGAAAGAUUGGACUCUUUGGAGGAGCCGGUGUCGGUAAGACCGUCGUCAUCAUGGAACUUAUUAACAACAUUGCCAUGAACCACGGAGGAUACUCUGUCUUUGCCGGUGUCGGAGAACGUACCCGUGAAGGAAACGAUCUGUACUACGAAAUGAUUGAGGGAGGAGUCAUCAAGAUUGAUGAAGCCACUGGCUCCACCGAGGGAUCCAAGGCGGCCCUCGUCUACGGACAAAUGAACGAACCCCCAGGUGCCCGCGCCCGUGUUGCCUUGACUGGACUCGCCAUUGCCGAGUAUUUCCGUGACGAAGAAGGACAGGAUGUGCUUCUCUUUGUGGACAAUAUUUUCCGUUUCACUCAAGCCGGUUCCGAGGUGUCGGCUCUUUUGGGUCGUAUUCCUUCGGCUGUCGGAUACCAACCUACACUCGCCACAGAUAUGGGUGGUCUUCAAGAACGUAUUACGUCCACCGGAAAGGGAUCCAUUACAUCCGUCCAAGCCGUCUACGUGCCAGCUGAUGAUCUUACAGAUCCCGCCCCCGCAACCACCUUUGCUCACUUGGACGCCACCACGGUGCUUUCCCGAUCCAUUGCCGAACUUGGAAUCUACCCCGCUGUCGAUCCUCUUGACUCCACCUCCCGUAUGCUUGACCCACGUGUCAUUGGACAAGAGCACUACGAAGUCGCCCGUGCCACCCAAAAGCUCCUUCAAGAUUACAAGAGUUUGCAAGAUAUCAUUGCCAUUUUGGGUAUGGACGAACUUUCAGAAGAUGACAAGCUCACCGUCAGUCGCGCUCGUAAGGUCCAGAAAUUCAUGUCCCAACCUUUCCACGUCGCCGAGGUCUUUACCGGAACUCUUGGAAAGUUUGUCUCAUUGGCCGACACCAUUGACGGUUUCAAGGAAAUCAUCAGCGGAGGAUACGAUGAUCUCCCAGAGGGUGCUUUCUACAUGGUUGGAAACAUUGAUGAUGUCAAGGAGAAGGCUGCUAGCAUGGCAAUGUAAACUGACUGAUGUGGAAACAAACAUGAUCGAAAUGAAAACGAAACUCACAAAAGGAUCUGUCUUUUUUGGAUUUGGAAGGGUUCAUCUCUUUUUCAAGAUUAAUAAUAAUAUCUAAGAACUAGAAAAGCGUGUUCUCAGC